AACCGAAACAAAUAUUAAACGGAAUAACAAAUAAAGUUUCCUCUCUCCCUUUUUUUAAAUUCUUAAUCCGAUGGAUCGGCAAAGUUCCGAUGACAUCAUGAGAUUUCUCGAUGGAAUGGCUAGCUCCGACGACGUUCUCUUCGGUUUCCUCGACGAAGGAAAUCAGUGUCCGGAGGAUUUCCCGGACUCCGGCAAUCUCAACGGCGGCGGAGAUGAAGACGACGAGAACGAGAGCAAUAGCAAUUGCAAUUCUGAAGAAAACAGAGUUUUCUGGCAGGAACAAGAACAACUUCUCCAGGGGACACUGUAUAGGACAAGUUCGAUUGAGACAAAAAUUAGACAAGCCACAAAAGAAGCAUUGAAACAAGUUAAAUCAAAGGGUCUUCAUUGUGUCUGCCGGCGACCCGUGGCCGGUGGUUGCCGGAGCUGCUUACGUGGCGAAAUUUCCCAACAUCUCCGAGAUGUGGCCGGCUACAACUGCGUCAUCUCCAAAUCCAAGUGGAGAAGCUCUCGAGACAUCCCUGCAGGGGAACACGAAUACAUAGAGAUUGUGGACAGAUCUUGUUCGAAGAAAGGCGAGAUGCGAGUGGUGAUAGAGUUAUCGUUUAGGGCAGAGUUCGAGAUUGCAAAAGGAGGGGAAGAGUACAAGAGACUAAUCGGCCGGUUGCCGGAGGUCUACGUCGGAAAAACAGAGAGGCUUCGAUCACUGAUCAAGAUAUUGUGCAUCGCGGGGAAGAAAUGCUUGAGAGACAAGAAAAUGCACAUGGGUCCUUGGAGAAAACACAAGUACAUGCAGGCCAAGUGGCUUGGCACGUGCGAUAGAUCGAACUCCUUGGAAGAAGCGGUUUCGGAGACGACGGAGCCGGAGAACUGGGUGCCGGCGGUGAAGCCUAGGGUUUCUAUGUUGAACUAUGAUGGUCUGUUAGGUGGUUUGUCGGCCGGGAUGGGCCGUACUGCCGCUGUAACGGUCGUGUGAUUUGUGUGUAUAUAUGGCAAGUGAUCAUGACUUGUAAUUACUAAUUAAUUUGAUUAGGGCAAGUGAGUUUUAAUUUUGAGUUUCCAAUUUGAAGCUAACCGGAGUUUAUCCAACGACGUUGCCUAUUCCGUGGUUCUUUGAAUCCGAUCCAACGACGGUUAGGUCAUUGGGCGUCGGGAAUUGAUGGAAUGAGAGAUAUUUAUGACUAUUUUGCGACUUGUUUUCAUAGAUUGUAACACUAAUAACACUUAUAUUUUACAGAAAUAGAGUAAUAGAUUUCUGCAUUUCGAGUUUGUAUGAAAUUUCAUUCAUUUCUAAAGGUAAUUAGAUAUUAAAAAUCCAG